GCGAGGGGCCGGUGUUGUAAACGCGUUGAAACGCGACCGCUGGCAUCCGACAGACGGCACCAAGAUAUGCGAGGGAAGGCGGACAUUGAGGCACCCUAUCCUGGCAGCUGCAGCAGCCCCUCUAUGGUGUCCACAAGGAAACUACGAACGCGAGAGCCGCGAGCACGACUGGGAGCAUCCGGGCUCGACUGGCACACGUUCACUAGCGCGGGAGCUGUGUCUCCGGCGCCCGUGGUACCACUAGCACAGCAGGUCGGCGUCCUGAAACGCGCACAGCCACCAUGCAAACAGAUUCUGACGCGGUCAAGAAAACUACGGAAGACGCCAUGCCCCGACCAAAUGGCCCCUCUCAGAAAAGAUGGAGCUGCCACAGUGUCGUCACAUGCUUCAGAACACCCGAGGUCGCGAGCGAGGCCGCGCGCAAUGCAGCAAUCCAGCAGGUCAUGGGCUUCGCCCAGAAUCACCUGCAGAAGAAAAACUACCAGAGCUGGUGGUCAUGGAAUACUGAGCCUUGCUAGUGUCAACCGACGCAGCAAGUUCACCUGCUUUGGUCACGCCGUCUGCAAUCAUCGGAUCUAAUAUCAGCAAAGACAAGAAGGAAACAAGCAUGUCCAUCAACCUCGACCCGGCAUCGCUACCCUCGAACCAUGGCUUUGUAACGUCACCAGGCACAGCUAUAAAAGAGAGACCCUUCAUCAACAGCACCAGUGGGCACAGCGCAAGCGUAGGGAGCAGUGCAUUCACUAUGCGACUGUUUUUUCUUG